AUGUUAGCAUCAAACAGAGUUCUUCGGCUUAUUUAUCCAUUAAUUAUUCCAUAUAAUCAGAAGAGAAAGAUUUCUGGUUUUUGGAGGGAAAAAAAAGAUAUUAAAUUUAUUUCAAAAUGGGUUUUAAGAUCAAUGUUUGGCGGAUUUUUAGGGAUAGCAAUCGGUAUAACAGCGUAUUCUGUAGGGUAUCCUAUGAGUAAAUGUUCAGAAUGGUUUUGCGAACGAAUUCCAUUAAUUCAACGUAUCGUUGUGGCAGUUCAUGAAUAUGGUUUUGAUGAACGCUAUUCUGAUAUCAAAGAAAUAAGGAAAAUGAAAGAUAAUGACGAUAACGAGGAAAGGUUUGCUCCAUAUUUAUCAUGGAAAACAAAUAAACAUCUGGAAGAAGUGGUAAAAACAAAGGAAAUAGAAAAAUCAGAUGAAAGGAAUAAUUCAAAAAAAGAUGAAUGUUGCAAAAAAAAAUCAUCAGAAUCUUUCGAAUUAUUAGAAAAAGAAAAUUCGGAUAGGUCAUCAGAAACAUCUUUAGAGACAUCAGUUUCAAAAUUACCUGAACAGCCUGUUCAUUCAUCAAUGCAAGCUUUAAUGGAUUCUAUUAAAGAAAUCGAGAAAGCAGUUCAUAAUUCAAAUGCUGUUGAUGAAUUUAAAAAGUCUCUUAAAAUUUUGAAACAGGAGGCAUAUUCUUUAAACAGUUUUUUAGAACAUAUUGAUAAUGAAUCAAAUACUACAUUGAAUAAAAAAUUAACAGAACAAAAAGAUUAUUUCGAAGAUCUCUUAAAGAUUCAAGAAAAAACUCUUCAAACACAGAUGGAAAAUCAGGAGACGUAUUGGAUAUCAGCGCUGUUACAUGAAUAUGAACGUCUGGAGAUACUUUAUCGUGAACGUUUACUAGAAGCAUUGAAAAAACAAGAAGAAGUCAAUGAAAAAAAGUUGAAAAAUGAACUUAUUCAACAGGCAAUUGAAUUACAAAGGCGUUGGAUGCGUGAGAUGAAAGCACGCGUUGAAGAACAGCGUGGAGGACGAUUAGGACAAUUAGAACAUCUUUAUAAACAUCUAAAGCACUUAGAAAUACUCUUUUCUCAAACAAAGAAUUUUUCUGAAAAUAUAAUCCAUAUUCAACGAUUACAAAUUGCAUUCCAAGCAUUACGAAGGACUAUUGAAGAUCCACAACAAAAACCAUUUACAAAAGAGCUUAAUGUCUUAAAAGAUUUAUGUAAAAAUGACGAAUUUAUACAGUUAGCGGUUGCAUCAAUUCAGCCUGAAUCUCAUCAACAGGGAAUUAUGAGUAAAACACAAUUAAUUCAUCGAUUUCAACAUCUUGCUCAAGAAAUUCAUAAGGUUAGUUUAUGUCCUGAUAAUACCGGUGUAUUAGGUUAUAUUUUCAGUCGAUUCUUGACUUUUUUUAUGUUUCAAAAAACUGCUUUUACUGAUGGUAAUCAUGUUCAUCAUAUUCUUGCACGUGCAGAAACACAUCUUAAAAAAAAUAAUCUAGAUGCUGCAACACGCGAACUUAAUCAGUUAACUGGUGUUCCAAGGAAACUUGCAAGAGAUUGGCUUAAAUAUGCUCGUCAAAAUUUAGAAGUUUUACAAGCACUUUAUAUGAUUGAAACAUAUACACUUUUGCAAUCUAUCUUAUUUGUAUGAAAUAUAAAACAUUUUCU